CCGCCUGCACUGACACCCACUAAUCUCCAAGCCCACACAACACAUCUCCCGUUUAUUGACUUGAUUCCAUUCCCACAAUUCCGGGAUAGUCUUCUGUGCGCUGGAGAUUUACUUGAUGCUCGCAAUUUUUGGAAUGAUCUAGUGUCCGGUAAGAUCAAAGUUUGGGGAAAGACCCCUUGGGAUCGAAGAGGCUGGGAGAUGCAAGAAGACUUUGUAGACAGAUGGCGUUGGGUGAUAACUGAUGAUAUCUUGGAGGAGACGAACUUUUGGAGAGUGUCUAGAGAUGAAGCACCUCUUCUG